UAGCACAGUAGUGGGAGAGACGCUGCUGGAUAGUGCGCAGCGUAUCCGGUCGAGGCCGGAGAGUGCCGGGGGUUCGGGUACUACACUGUGACGAGCCCAUGGUGGUAUUUCUGCCCUAAUUUGUGCCACAGCCGCUAGAUGCGCGACGUCCCCCAGCCCCCGUGUACAAAGUGUUGCUGCUGCCGCCCCGGCCUGCCAAUUGGCUGCGCGCCUCCACCCCGGAACUAAAAGUGCGAGAGGGGGUGUAGUCGGUGACAGCAAUACUCGGGCUGCCCAGCUCUGCCAGUCCCGCAGCCGCAGCCACCGGAGCGCACGCCUGGUGUGUGUGUAUGAUGUUCCUUAUCUAGAGGGGGCGGAGACCCUCCCCCGUCAGUGACCGCGCCACACCCCCCUCAGGCUCCAGCACCGGAGGGAUCGCACAGGCACCCCCAGAGCCAGCAUCAGCGCGCCCGGGGGAGAUCGCUGACUGUCAUACCUGAGGGGACUCAGCAUGGGGGGUGGAGAGGCCGCCGCCGGGGCAUGAGGAGCUUAUGGGGAAGUGCCGCUGAUUUCCCCGGUGGGCUGCUGGAAGGAGCAUUAAAACAUUGCAGAUGGCCGAGUGUCUACCAUCACAGAUUCUGUAUCCUGAUAUAGAAACCAGGAGGUAAUGCUUCCUAAUGCAGUGAUGUAAUGGCUUGCCUUACAAUGACUGAAAUGAACAUAACCACAAUUCCUAUUGUUCGCCCGAGUGGAGAUGUCCAAACUAAUGUCAAUUCGUCAAGGCCCAGUGAGCCAGGAUUUCACAUUUUCCUAUAUCAUGCAUUGGGCAAGGCCGAAGGGGAUUACCUAGUCUUACCCCCUGGCGAGUAUAAUGCGGAGGAGAUAUCCAUCACUGCUGCUAAAGCUUGUGGAGUGACACCUGUGUACUAUACCCUGUUUGCUUUAAUGAACAAGGAUGACAGAAUAUGGUAUCCUCCUAACCAUACCUUUAUAAUUGAUGAGACCAGCAAACAGAUUGUCAAUUUUCGAGUAAGGUUUUAUUUUCCACACUGGUACAGCAAUGGGAGCAGCAGGGCAUUUCGUUAUGGCGUUGCACGAGGAUCUGAGAGCCCGAUUCUAGAUGACUUUGUCAUGUCUUAUUUGUUUGCUCAGUGGAGAGACGAUUUUGUGAACGGCUGGAUAACAGUGCCCAUAACACAUGAAACACAAGAAGAAUGUCUUGGGAUGGCUGUUCUUGACAUGAUGCGUAUGGCCAGUGAAAAAGAGCAAAGUCCACUUGCAAUUUACAAUGCUGUCAGCUACAAGAAGUUUUUGCCGAAAUGCAUUCGUGCCAAAAUUCAAGACUAUCAUAUUUUGACCCGCAAGAGGAUUAGGUACAGAUUUCGAAGAUUUAUUCAACAGUUUAGUCAAUGCAAAGCUACAGCCAGGGACUUAAAAUUGAAAUAUCUCAUAAACCUCGAGACCCUCCAGUCAGCAUUUUACUCUGAACAAUUUGAAGUUAAAGAAGCCUGCCGGGAUCCUUCAGGAGGAGAUAUUUUUGUCACCAUUGUGGUAACUGGAAAUUAUGGAAUUCAGUAUUUGAGGGGCAGUACUAGAGACAGAGAAACAUUAGAUGAUCAGGAUUUGCAUACUUAUUGUGACUUUCCUAACAUCAUUGAUCUGAGCAUUAAACAAGCCAGCAAGGAUGAUUCCAGUGAGAGCCGGAUAGUGACCAUCCACAAACAGGACAACAAAUCUCUGGAAGUGGAAUUUUCCUCAUUAAGGGAAGCACUCUCCUUUGUGUCACUUAUUGAUGGAUAUUACAGACUGACUGCAGAUGCACACCAUUAUCUUUGCAAGGAAGUAGUGCCGCCUCAUGUACUGGAGAGUAUUCAGAGUUAUUGCCAUGGGCCUGUUUCGAUGGAAUUUGCCAUUGAUAAGCUGAAAAGAUCUGGCAACCAAAAAGGAGUUUUUAUACUUCGAUGCAGCCCUAAAGAAUUUAACAAGUACUUCCUCACAUUUGCAGUAGAGCGGGCUGGGUUGCUUGAAUAUAAGCACUGCUUAAUAACGAAGAAUGGUAAUGGAGACUACAACCUCAGAGGUGCCAAAAAAAACUUUAGCACUCUAAAGGAUUUGUUAAACUGCUACCAGAAGGAAACUGUCCGCUCUGAUGGCAUCAUAUUCCAGUUUACUCGAUGUUGCCCCCCUAAACCUAAAGAGAAAUCAAACUUGAUAAUCUUCAGGAGCAACAAAGUUUCUGAUGUCCCUACAACACCAUCUUUGCAGAGACACAAUAACGUGAAUCAGAUGGUCUUUCAUAAGAUCAGGAGUGAAGACUUGAUUUAUGAGGAAAAUCUUGGGCAGGGUACCUUCACCAAGAUAUUUAGGGGGAAACGAGAGGAAUUGGGAGAUUACAAUCAAAUUCACGAAACAGAUGUUCUUCUAAAAGUCUUGGAUAAAGCACACAGAAAUUAUUCUGAGUCUUUCUUUGAAGCAGCAAGUAUGAUGAGUCAGCUGUCCUACAGACAUUUGAUCUUGAAUUAUGGAGUCUGUGUAUGUGGAGACGAGAGUAUUCUAGUCCAAGAAUAUGCUAAAUUUGGGUCACUGGACAUAUACUUGAAGAAAAACAAACUUUCCGUGAAUAUUAUGUGGAAAUUAGAAGUUUCAAAACAGCUUGCGUGGGCCAUGCAUUUUCUUGAAGAUCGAAAUUUGGUGCAUGGCAACGUAUGUCUAAAGAACAUUCUGCUGGUCAGAGAAGAAGAUCGGAAAACCGGAAACCCUGCUUUCAUUAAGCUCAGCGAUCCAGGAAUCAGUAUUUCAGUUCUGCCGAGAGAAAUUCUUCUGGAAAGAAUUCCAUGGGUAGCUCCUGAGUGCAUUGACAAUCAAAAAAAUCUCAACCCAAUGGUAGACAAAUGGAGUUUUGGUACCACCUUAUGGGAAAUAUGCAGCGGUGGUGACAAGCCGCUGAAUGCACUGGAUUCUCAAAGAAAGUUGCAAUUUUAUGAAGAUAGACAUCAACUACCAACGCCAAAGUGGAUUGAGCUUGCAAACCUGAUAAACAGUUGCAUGGAUUAUGAGCCAGAAUUUCGACCUUCGUUUCGAGCAGUUAUAAGGGAACUUAACAGCUUGUUCACUCCAGACUAUGAGCUAUUGGCAGAAAGUGAUUUACUUCCCAAUAUGAGAAUUGGAGCAUUUGGCUUUUCCGGAGGCUUUGAAGAUCGUGAUCCAACUCAUUUUGAAGAGAGACAUCUUAAAUUCUUACAGCAACUUGGCAAGGGUAACUUUGGAAGUGUUGAACUGUGCCGAUAUGACCCUCUGCAAGAUAACACGGGUGAAGUUGUAGCUGUAAAGAAACUCCAGCAUAGCACAGAAGAGUACCUGAGGGAUUUUGAACGGGAAAUAGAGAUCUUGAAAUCCCUCCAACAUGAGAAUAUCGUCAAAUACAAGGGAGUGUGCUACAGCGCAGGACGUCGAAACCUUAGAUUGAUUAUGGAGUAUUUGCCAUAUGGAAGUCUAAGAGACUAUCUACAGAAACAUAAGGAAAGACUUGACUUCAAAAAGCUUCUACAGUAUUCCACCCAGAUAUGCAAGGGCAUGGAAUAUCUCACUAUCAAAAGGUAUAUUCACAGAGAUUUGGCAACAAGAAAUGUUUUAGUUGAAAAUGAGAACAGAGUAAAGAUUGGAGAUUUUGGAUUGACAAAAGUACUACCACAAGAUAAAGAGUACUACAAGGUUAAAGAACCUGGAGAAAGUCCUAUUUUCUGGUAUUCUCCAGAGAGUCUGACAGAGAGCAAGUUUUCUGUGGCUUCAGAUGUUUGGAGUUUUGGAGUUGUUCUUUAUGAGCUGUUUACAUACAGUGAGAAAAAUAAAAGCCCGCCUUCGGAGUUCAUGAGGAUGAUUGGGCCUGAUAAACAAGGACAAAUGAUUGUGUUUCACCUGAUAGAGCUGUUGAAGAAUAAUGGGAGACUACCACAACCUGACUUCUGCCCUAAUGAGAUCUAUCGCAUCAUGACUGAGUGCUGGAAUAACAACAUUAAUCAACGUCCAUCCUUUAAGGAUCUCACUAUAAAAAUUGAACGAACAUGGGAAGAUAUGGGAGUGUGAUGAUUGCAUAACCUGGCUUGAUAAAGCUACAUGUGAACAGAGCCUGCCUUAUGCCGAACAGAACGAAAUGCAAUGUGUUGCAAAUCUGUAUGGUAUGUGCAAGUCUUACUAGCUCCUGGAAUGAAGACUGUAGAAGGAUAAUGUGUAGAAUACUUAGAAGCCCACCUUUAAAGAUGGCAAACUGACAGUUUUACUGAGAUGAAUCCCUGUCUUCAGUUCAUUAUGUCUGGAACAGGCAGUGAAGAAAUGGAACAACAUGGUGAAUGGACAAUGCAGUGUUCAAACCGCACAGACAGAAUGCGCCUUCAUUAUGUUUGAAGAGAUUUAUUGUGAUAUUUCCAUCCUGAAAUGCACAAGACUUGUGUACAGUUAGUGACAAACUAUACAUUACCUUUUUUCAAGGGCUUUUGUUGAAUCUAGCACAUAUUGAGCAUUUAUAAAUAUGUACAUUGGUCAUUUUCUGUAAAUUUGCAACAAAAUAAGAACAUAUUUAAUACAAUUUUGAAUAUAACUAGUUGUGUACCUAUGAAACCAAUUUUCUAGCCAUUGAAACAUAAGGCAACAUGAAUUAUCUUCUUUGUUUUUGUUAAGAGAUCACAAGGGAAAGGGAUGAAACAUUCCCCAUUAUUUUCAGAGUUCAAGUGCUUUUAGUGUACUUUUUCAGUAGGACAAUAUACAUCAUAACAGAUAUGUGCAUCUGUGUAAAAAAAAAAAAAAAUAUAUAUAUAUAUACACACACACACACACACAUAUAUGAUAUAGGUACUAUAUAGGUACACUGCCUUGUAUGCUCGUUAUUGAAUGUGAUCUUUAUCCAUGGAUGUCAUUUUCUGCAGUUCUUACUUCUGACCCAACCGUAGGUCUUUGAUUACUAAGUUUAUACGUUUGCUACAGUGGUUUUUGAAUAGAAUGUUAAAUAAGAAAGACUUGCUGAUUAACAUGUUUUAACUUGCCUGUGCACCGCAGGAUGGUCACUUAGAUAAAAUGGUCUCUAUGCACUUUUUGACGUUCUACUAGUGUUGAGACUUGUCUGAACAUCGUGUCCUACUACUUAAUUCUGCAAGGCUACUUGUUAAUAGUAUAUCAUGUUCCAUGACUAGGCAAUCCUCAUUACAUCAAUGUCAGAUGCUUCAAAGUUUUGCUUACUGUAGUAUCACUCAUUAAAAUCACUGGAGAUGGCUUUCUUCUGCUUUAUGUAAAUCAGAAGAAUGCCACAGCAUAAAUAUAAUUGUGACCUACCAUUGUGCCUUUGUAUUUAAUACUGUUAUUUACCCACAAUCAAUCCUGAAACAAGCACUGAAGCACCGAUUAGGAGUGUGCCGAAUCAACACAGACUCACUCCGUUCAAUCUGUGUGUUAAAUAGAUUAGGAUAAUGUUCCAUUUGACAAAUUUAUUGCAAGCGUGUAAUGUAAGUCUGGAGGACUUGUCAGACAAUGGCAAAAUAAUAAAAUCCUGGCAUUAUUGGCAACUUAAGCCAAAGUAGUAAAUUUUAAGCAAUUAAACGCAAUUACAUUUAAUCUAAAGUGUAUUUUAUAAUCUGAAAUAAAUGGCUGCCAUUGACCCCUGAUAGACUGCUACAGUAUGCAAAUGUUCCCAAACACAGUUCUGUGGAUGUGAUUUGUUAGUCACAUUGAAAUUGGUUUGUGCCAUUUUAUCAAGGGUGCCUCUACUUACUUUUCUGAUUUUAGCCGAAUCCUCAGACAGAUGGAGAAAAUGAGGUAAUCACAAAUAAAUAUAGUAAAUAAAACUCUUACAUUCUUAACCGGUAGAAAAUGCAUUGAAAAAUCAAUCUAGUCCUUGUUUAGAGCUAGAAUGUGUGUUUGCAUUUUGGCUUGAUGUUUGAAUGACUCCUGAAGAAGCACAAUGAGUUCACAUAGACCUAUUUUGAUUAUCCCACUUCCACUUCACCAUGGGCAUGCAAGAACUAGAAUCGUUUCUGAAUUACACAUCCCACAAAGCUUUUCCAGCAUUUCUGCUGUGAAUGAGCUGGCAAGGAUCAUCCAUGUUCUGCAAACUCAAAAGGACACACUUAAUUAUUGUUGUUGGGUAAAAUGUAAUACUUUAUAGUAGUUUGCCACACACAGCAAAUUUGAAAUACAGUAGUUAUUUCUUCUAUAGAAAAACAUAUACAUUAAGUCACUGAAUUCAUCAUUUUGUGCUACUCUUUGCCUAUUGUUGCUGUAGCAUAAGUGGUAAGUCAGAGAUGUGUAUUUUAAAACCUGCUCAUAAUUCCUUAGUGGCCAGUUUUACAUACCAAUUGUAAAUACCAGAAAAAGUUUAGUGCUAAUGUUGAGCGUACACUGUCUGAUUACUGAUAGACGUGAUAUCCAUCAAAUAUUAUGGUCCACUCAGGAGACCGGCGCCAGAUCACCAACAGUUGGGAUGCCGAAGGGGAGUAUCAGGGUUAGGGUUAGCUGUAGCCGCCAGCCCCCGAGGUUUAGUGUAGGGGAUGGAGGGGUAGAAAUACUUCAAUGCCCCCCCCCCCCCCCCCCACACACACCAUUUGUAGGGAUCUUCACCGCCAGCGUCCCAACAACCGGGAUUUAGUAUGUAUUCCGCCACACCUUAUCUGGGUUCCCUCCAUGGGGAGUAGACAUUUUCCCGUUCCUUCCCAGUGAAGGAAAGGGGGAAAUAUCUAUAUUUCCACCAUUGUCUACAGAUACUCAACAAGGGCUGGCUGGGAUGUUCUCCACUCUAUACGUAGCAAUAAUUAACGCCUUAAAGAAAAAGAAAAACGGACUAAGUCAUUCACUUAUUCCGGGGCAUACAUUUUACAAAUAUAUGGGCGAUCCACCAAAUAUCGUGUAUCUCCCAAAUAUAAAAUGGUCGAACAUGUCAUAUCAUCGCAUCGGGCAUGUCCAUCCGAUGCAAUACUUUUUAAGUUGUAAGUUGGCCACAUAAGUCAGUGUAUUCACUGCUAUGUCCGAUCAACAGACAUUUUUUUUCUAUAUUUGUAUAGCAAUCCAUAAAAAGUAGGCAUUCAGUGGGUAAAUGAUUAUCUAACCAUUUCAAUAGCAAAAAGCCUACCUGUGCAAGAAGCAGUUGGAUGAUCUUUGCUCACAGGCAGUGUGCUCUAGAGAUUUGUUUUGUCCUUACUCUGUCAUGUAUGAAACCCUUUCAUAUCUAGUCAUGCGACACAAGUUGGUAUGGUAUGUUUCUUUAGGACAAAUGGCAUGAUAGGUGCAAUAUAGGCUCACGUCUAAAAUUAAAUAAAUGAAAAUGUAAUGUUGGUUUACAGUAUUUUACCAGAUAUUUUUCUGUAGAUUUACCUGCUAAUCCUCUUUACUAGUACUAUACAUUGCAAGUUUUAUUGUCUGCCCAUCUGUUCAACCCAUGUCCAAAUAGAGCAAGUUUAGUUUAGCAAAGGCAACUCUUGGGCUAAACCAUCUAUACAGUUUACAUGUGUCCCUUUCAGCGAUAGCAAAUGCAUGAAACCGGUUUUGAAAAAUUGUUGGAUGACAGUCUGUCAGUUAUAGGUUGAGUCUCCAAUAUUCGAAAAUCUGAUAUUCAAAAUAUUUUUCUUUUAGUGUCUUAUAUAGUGACACAUUUGUUUUCUGAUGGUUCAGUGUACACAAACUUUGUUUCAUGCACAAAAUGAUAUAUAUAAGGCUAUGUAUAUAUGAAACAAAUGUGUUUAGGCUUGGGUCACAUCCCCAAUAUAUCUUAUUUAUGGUAUGUAAAAUGUUUCAAAAUAAGAAAAAAAUAUCAAAAUUCUUCUGGUUCUAAGCAUUUUGGAUAAGGGAGACUCCACCUGUAUAAAAUGUUAUUUACAGUACCACAUCAGACGUGGUGAAUGUGCAUUUCAGGGCAUUACAGAAAGCGUAUCAAAAUACACCAAGCCGUGUCACUGAAUAAAGAAAAAGCUUAAUAACACGCUGUAAAUGUUUAUGCCCUGUAAUAAACUUAACAAAUAUGUUUCCCCUUUAAAGUGAAAUUAGGACUCAGUAGGUGUUUGAUGUGAACGGUAAUUGGCCAGUCUUAAAAUGGUAGGCACAUAAUGUACCUGAUGGCACAUAAAAUAGGUGAAACGUCAAUUAAUAGGUUAGUUCUGAUAUCUAUGCUGUUAAAUAGUUUUAUUGUGCUGACCUAAUCACAAGAAGCAAUCCAUACCCACUUCAUUAAUUGUAAAAAUAUACUUUCAAGUGUGUGUUUGUACUUUCAAUAUGCUGUAUUACCUUCUAUUUGUCAAUGUGGAUUAUUUUUUCUCUACAAAAAAUAGAGCAUAUGACCAAGGAAAGAAGGAGACAGACCUCAUUAUACAUCUGCUUCCCACGUCAGGAAUUGCAGGGAUAAAGUAAAGAUGUUUAAACUUUCACCAGAAAAUAAAAUGGCAAUAAAUAAGCACAAAAUAUCUAGAAAGCAAAUGUGUAUUGUAGCAAAACUACUAUUGUCAGAAACAUUUUUUACUUAAAAAACUGUCUCCCUUUUUUUUUCUCCCGCCCCUUUCUCUGUUACUGGUUAAAAUCUAUACGUGUCCAAUAUAGGUAUCCCUCUCCUUGUUAAAGGGCAUUUUCAUUUUGCAGUACUUGUCUGAAAAUUGACUGUGUAAAUCAUUAUAUACAUGUAUAUUGAUUUAAUUCAUUACCUCAGAAUAUUGUUAAUAUUUUAUUUAAAUUGAAUUUACAGAUGUUAGAGCCAAGUGCCAGUAUCAAAGUCUUUGCCAGAUUUUGAGAAAAAUUGUGCUGUUCAGAUUGCCACAAACUAGUUUUGGCAGUCCUAUGUUAGUCUUGAGUCAACUCUACAAAUAUUGUUUUAUUACUGCUCUAUGGUCUAAUCAUUGUGUAUAGCUCUACUGUGUGUGGGGUUUUUUCAGUUAAGAAAAAACUUUUGUUUCCAAUCUUUCCUGCUAUUGAUUGGAAUUUAAGGUGAACGGACAAAUUUGAUGUAAAGAAAAAAAAAAAAGGAUUCGUUAAAUAUAUUUGUCUGUAAAAUAGCUCAGGGAUAUGUAUAUACUUUAUAAAUAUGUAAUGAAAUCUUCCAGAAGAAAACAAAUGAAAUGGCUUGUUCGGUUCUUGAGUUUAACAUAUUACUAAAUUCAGUGUGUAUUAUUUUUCCUGAGAGGAAUGAGCGGAAAUUGCUGGACUGUUUCUUUAUUUUUUAGUUUUUUUUGUCACAGCUAUUACUUUAAUGAUUUAGUGAAUAAUAUAAGAAGAGAUAUGCUUUAAAAAUGGGUCACUUUUUUGUUUUUGUUUUUUAUGACUGGUUUAUCUUUCAUUAUACAUAUGACUUGGGCAAUCUGUAGCGAUGCAGUUAUUGUCAGUAAAUCUCCCAUAGAGCUUUGCUUGCUAGCAUAGAACCACAGCUUGCCCAUCAUAGUUCAUUGUUAUUAAACAUUCAGAACAAUCACUUCAUAGGAAACUGGUUAAAUUGGGCUUGAUAAGAUGUACAUAUUCUACUUUUUUUUAGGUGUGAUAAUCAUGUUUUGCAUUUAUUAAAGAAAUCUUAAUGUU